AUGUCUCUUAUAUAUCACCCACUCACUCAUUCAACAAAACACUCAAAAGCAAACACUAUGGAUAAGACAAGAAGAACAGUGCUUUUCUCGCUCUUGGUAGUUUUCACGCUCCUCACGACCGUGUUAUCGAAACAUCUCUGUAACCAAGAUGACAAAAAAGCCCUCCUCAAUAUAAAAAAAAUCCCUAAACAACCCUUAUCACCUUGCCUCGUGGCACCUCAAAAGCGACUGCUGCUCUUGUGCGGUGACGCCACCGUUAACCACCGCGUCAUCUCUCUGACCAUAUUUACCGGUGAAAUCUCUGGUCAGAUUCCCCAUGAAGUCGGCGACUUCCCGUAUCUUCAGAAGCUUAUCUUCCGCAAACUCUCUAACCUCACCGGUGAAAUCCCACCCACCAUCACCAAACUCAAGCAUCUCCAUUUUCUCUGGCUUAGGUGGACAAAUCUUACCAGUCCGGUUCGUGCAUUUCUGAGUCAGCUCAAGAAUCUCCACUACUUAAACCUUUCCUUCAAUGAGCUCUUUGGUUCUAUACCAAGUUCCCUUUCUUUGUUACCUAAACUCGACUAUAUUGAUCUUAGUAGGAACAAGCUUACAGGUCUAAUACCAGAGUCAUUUGGGUCGUUUAUAAGACAAGUUCCUGACCUUUUCCUAUCGCACAACCAGCUCUCCGGGAAUAUUUUGGUUCAGUGGACCGAAACUCCUCUUCAGUCCUUCGAUGUUAGCUACAACAGACUGUGUGGACGUAUCCCAAGUGGAGGGAAUUUUCAGAAAUUUGAUUAUUUUUCCUAUAUCCACAACAAGUGUUUGUGCGGUGCACCUCUUGAUAGUUGCAAGUAA